UUUCCUUGAUAUCUCUUAAUCUCUUUACUUCCACACCACAACACAUCACUGAUCCUUCUCUCAUCCUCAGACACAGCAGCACAACACACAACACACAAAAUAUCUCUUCGAUGGCUCAAACCAUGCUGCUUACUUCCGGUGUCUCCGCCGGCCAGUUCUUGAGGAACAAGAACCCUUUGGCUCAGCCCAAAGUUCACCAUCUCUUCCUCUCUGGAACCUCCCCGGUUGCUCUACCAUCCCGUAGACAAUCAUUCGUUCCUCUUGCUCUCUUCAAACCCAAAACCAAAGCUGCUCCCAAAAAGGUUGUGAAGCCGAAGGAGAAGGUUGAGGACGGUAUCUUCGGAACGUCAGGUGGGAUUGGUUUCACAAAGGCGAAUGAGCUCUUCGUGGGUCGUGUGGCUAUGAUCGGUUUCGCCGCAUCGCUGCUGGGUGAGGCUUUGACCGGGAAAGGGAUAUUAGCUCAGCUGAAUCUGGAGACAGGGAUACCGAUUUACGAAGCAGAACCAUUGCUUCUCUUCUUCAUCUUGUUCACUUUGUUGGGAGCCAUUGGAGCGCUCGGAGACAGAGGAAAAUUCGUCGACGAUCCUCCCACCGGACUUGAGAAAGCCGUCAUUCCUCCUGGCAAAGGCGUCCGAUCUGCCCUCGGCCUCAAAGAACAAGGUCACUCUCAAGAUUUCUAUUUCAUUCUUUGUUACAAUGCAUAGGAUACGUAGUAGGAGAUGCGACUUAGGCAAAUGCCGGAAAUUAGAUUAAUUAGUCCUAAGUCAAAUAUAAUCUUCCAUACCAACAUUU